AUGGAGCUGGACGACCACGCCUUCUUGAAUGAGCUUCUGGCGAUGAGGAGGGAGCCAUGGGAUGUCUCAUUCCCCACGGCCCUGGGUGAUCUCUUCUCCGCCGAGGGUGGUGGCUGCUUUGACUGUUGUUUCGACGAACCAGGCCCGAUCUGCGCCGGCGCCGGAGGAGGCUUCGCACCCCUUCCCAACGCAACCACGGCUGCAUAUGGAGAGGUAGGGGAGCCAUCGGGGCUGACCUUUGGCUGCUUCAACCCCGCGGUCAUCUGCCCAACUCCGCCCAUAUCUUUCGGGGGCAGGUUCCUGCCUGCCGUUCCCCCUGAGGUCCAGUCUUCUUGCUCGACGUCGACCACAUCCAACCCGGGAGCGGCCCUUUACCCCCUCACCUCUUCGUCCAAGGAGGACUGUAGGCCGGAUCUUGAAGCUGAGGAGCUAGGUCUGAUGCACGGCGUUCACAGCCAGGGGCCCGGAGGCAGGGGCAAUGUCAGCGGCCGCUUGCGAGACGAAGGCCCAGUCGUCUGCAAGGUGGAGGAGCUGAACCAGUUGUCUUGCGUCGAGGGCUGCGGCACCAUCAACAGCAACGCCGCCAUGGCAUUUCCCCUGGCGCCAUUCGACGUGGGAUCCUCCUCAUCGUCAGGUCCCCAGGAGGGGAAGGGCCGCGCAAAGAAGUUAGACGGUCAGCCCUCCAAGAACCUGAUGGCGGAAAGGCGCCGGCGAAAGCGCCUCAACGAUCGUCUUUCCAUGCUCCGCUCAGUCGUCCCGAAGAUCAGCAAGGUACAGCAUCAGCUGGCCUUCCACCUUUCUUUUCUUUUUUUCUUUCUGAAGCGCGGGGGUGAUGAUAUGCUUUCGCCGAGUGGGUCCUGUUUCGGACGACAUGAUUGCCCUCUCGAAACCGGUCGCUUCUCAUCUCCUGCCGCCGCAGUUGGCUUGGCUGGGGGACACUGGCUGUAGAGAGGGGAGGAGUCUGAUCGUCAUCUACGCUGCUUUGAUGACUUACGUGGGUAAGGAUGUUUUCAGAUGGACCGGACAUCGAUACUGGGUGACACCAUCGACUACAUGAAGGAGUUGCUGGACCGGAUCCAGAUCCUGCGGGAGGAGAUGGUGGAGCAUGGCGAUGACUCCUACCCAUCUUCCGAGGGGCCUCCGGCGGCGGGGCUACUGAGGCUCCUGAAGGACCGCCUCAGCCACGACGAGGUUCUCAUCAGGAACACGCCAAAGGUGACCAACAUUCAUCCGCUUGCCGAGGUGGCUGCGUGAGAAAAACAGAUUUCCCUCUGCGUUAUAGUCGUGUAACGCAGCGCAUUCGACCGCCGGUGAGCAGUUCAAUGUGGAGAGGAGGGAGACGGACACGCGGGUGGAGAUGUGCUGCGCAGCGAGGGCGGGGCUGCUGCUGUCGACGGUGAACUCGCUGGAGGCGCUGGGGCUGGAGAUCCAGCAGUGCGUGGUCAGCUGCUUCAACGACUUCGGAAUGCACGCUUCCUGCUCCGAGGUAAGCCCGCGAAGCGCACGCUUUCACGGUUAUCGUUCUGGCGCCGGCGACGCAGGUGAAAUUGCUCGGAGAGUUUCCACUGUGCUCGAGGAGGACUCUCCUCCACUGAUCUAUCCUCCGUCUCUUUUCUUCUGGUUUAAGGACGCGAAGCAGAGGACCCUGGUAAGCACCGAAGAGAUCAAGCAAACACUGUUCAGAAACGCCGGUUACGGUGGCAGGUGCGUCUAG